GUAUCCUGGAGAUCACGGCGGUGGAAGUGGGCAUCGUGGCCAUCCGGGGGCUGUUCUCCGGACGGUACCUGGCCAUGAACAAGAGGGGUCGGCUCUACGCUUCGGAGUACUACAGCGCCGAGUGUGAGUUUGUGGAGCGCAUCCACGAGUUGGGCUACAACACAUACGCCUCGCGGCUGUACCGGACGGCGCCCAGCGGCCCUGGGGCGCAGCGGCAGCCCGGCGCCGGCGCCGAGAGACUGUGGUACGUGUCCGUGAACGGCAAAGGCCGGCCCCGCAGGGGCUUCAGGACACGCCGCACGCAGAAGUCCUCCCUGUUCCUGCCCCGCGUGCUGGACCACAGGGACCACGAGAUGGUGCGUCUGCUGCAGGGUGGCCCGCCCAGGUCCGCGGGCAGGGGGUUCCAGCCCCGACGGCGGCGACGGCAGAAGCACAGCCCAGGAGGCCGCCGGGGCUCGCAGCCCCCACGGGAGCUCAUGGCCCGCGUGAACGAGCCGGGGCCCGGGGGGUCUGGGCCACCGUCAUGGUGUCACUAA